AGCGCAGCGGCGGUACGUCUCAGAGGUCACAGGAAGUCAGCUGCUCGUCGCACGCCGUUCUCCCAGCUUCCGGCGGCAUUCGAAAAAAUGGCCGGCUUGAGGCAAACGCCGCUCACUUGUUCGGGUCAUACCCGUCCCGUGGUGGACCUGUGUUUCUCAAAGUUGUCCUCGACGGGAGCCUAUUACCUAAUCUCGGCAUGCAAAGAUGGGAAGCCAAUGCUCAGGCAGGGAGAUACUGGAGACUGGAUUGGGACAUUCGUCGGGCACAAAGGUGCCGUCUGGGGCGUCGCUCUCAACAAGGAUGCGUCUAGGGCAGCCACCGGAGCGGCCGACUUCACCGCCAAGCUGUGGAACGCAGUGGCCGGGGAGGAGCUCCACACAUUUGCUCACCCCCACAUAGUGCGUUCCGUGGACUUUGACUCCGAUGGCACCAAGCUGCUGACUGGAAGCAAUGACAAGUCGCUCCGGAUUUUUGACGUCAACAAGGUGGAUGCUGAUCCAACUGUGCUGAAAGGACACACGUCAGCUAUCAAAAAAGUGCUGUUCCUUCAAGAUGAAAAGCGCUUUGUUUCUGCAUCGGAUGACAAGACGGUCAGGUUCUGGGAUUACGUGAGUGGGACGGAGGUGGGCAAGCUGGAAUUGCCCAGUGCGCCGAGUGACCUUGAGCUCACCCCUGAUGGCAGUAUGCUGUUGGUCACCCAUGGCCAUAUGGUGAGCACAUGGAGCACAGAAAUGCUCGAAAAAAUGAAGGAGUUCCAGAUUCCGAGCCAGGUGAACUCGGCAUCACUGCUGCCCGACAAGUCCGUCUUUGUCUGCGGAGGCGAGGACUUCAAGAUGUACAAGUUUGAGUACGAAACUGGAACGGAGCUCGAUUCGUUCAAGGGACACUUCGGGCCCGUGCACUGCGUGCGGUUCUCCCCGGACGGUGAACUGUACGCAAGUGGAAGCGAAGAUGGUACGCUGAGGCUUUGGCAGACAACGGUUGGUAAGACGUACGGCCUCUGGAAGUACGUACAGCCAACAGAAGGUGCCGCCGGCGAGGGUGUGGCCAACAAUAACAACAAUGACGACAUUCCCACGCCCCCCGACACCGCCGCCGCCACGCCACCGCCGACUGCCAACAGCGCCGUCAAAGCAGAGGCGUGAUGUCCUUCAAAGGGCUGGUGUAGGCACGAACACGGAACUGAGAAUCCGGAAAGCACUUGGGGGACAGUCUCGGAUUAUGCAGGAAUGGAGAGCAGAUGGGCGCCGCUGUGCGUGAAGCCUACAGCGCAGCUGAAAGCUAGCCUAAACUGAGGUUGGCAGACAGCCGAGAGCUUCAGAAGUGUGUGGUUGCUACAGUUGUAUGCGGAACGUUCGUGUCCUUCUUCUUCUGUACUUUUUUUUCUCUCGCUUGAAAAGGAGUGAAUAACUGCGGAGAGAGGGGAAGUCCUCCCAUUCAUGUUUUGUUCCGUCAGCAACCUUCUGCGCAGUUAUUAUGCCAGUGUCGUGGGAGGUGUGGCGGCCGUCGUGUUGUGGGAGGUGCGGUUGCUGAGCUCCGAAGUUUGGGCAUUUUCUUUUUUCCCUUGUCUAUAGUUCCAUAGUGUUGAACCCCAUCUGCCGGAAGUUCAUCAGUGGUGUUUGCCACAGCAGCACGCACAAUGUUUGCGCAUUCAUUUCUUUUUUGUCUGAUCCAGAUUCUGUCUUGGUAGUGUUAUGAAAGUGUGGUAACAGUUUUACCAUGCAGAAACUUGGGCAUUGUCUUUUUUUUUCAUUGCCCAGGUAAAGUGUUAGGCUUAGAAUUGUGCCCUCUUUGUUAUAUCAUGAAAAGGAAGGUUCGCUUUGCUAAAGUUUGGGUAAAUUUUGUACUUUGUGUAGUUUGCAGUGUGUUACGCCACAGAAAGAAAGAGUGUGUUACGCCACAGCAGGAAAACUACGCCUCUUGCUCACGGGUGUCGAUUGAAGCCCUCUUUGUUGUUAUGCUUAGCGCAUAAGCGUUUGCUCCUUUAGAGUCAUCACAUCUUUUGACACUUGGCACUUUCAGCUGUCAAGAAGAGAGAGCUUGACGCGCAAAUGAGCCUGCAGUUGAGUGCGUUGUGUUUUGACUGCUGUGAAUAUUGCUGAAACGUGGUGAGUGGUGCUUUUUUGCCGUAUGACAUUGAAAAAAAAUGUUUUUUUUUCACCAUUCUUUAGUGCUUGAGAUUUCAUCCCUGUAUUCCAUGGUGGUUUGAGACGUCGUACUGGAUUAAGUUGGAUCACAUUGUUGUUAAAUUUCCAGUCUUCACUUGUCAUUGGCAGUUUGAGAUGUUCUCAUGGCCCUGUGUACCGUAUCUUAACGUGCACUGGCAACUCCUCCAUGUUACCUGCACUAGUCACAACUCUCGGAAAAAGGCCUUUCCUUAGUACAAUGCAAUGACUGCUUGUCCACUGCAUUGCAAACAAGGCACCGGUACAGGUUUCGAAACGUCAGCUGAUCACUUCAACUUGUUGAUCAAGUGUUAUUUGUAACAACUGCAUUCAGAACCUAACAUUUGUAUGUCUACGCAAGAAACCUUAUGCAGUUACAGGAUUGAAGAAACGUUCCAUUUUUGUUCACUUACCACGGACUUCACAGCCAAGUGACAACGAAACCAACUUCACUUCAGCUUUUUCUGCAUGUGGAAUGGAGUAUACUAGCCUGUGUGGUUAGUCAUGCAUUUGUUUUUCUUUGCAGCUGCGCAUUUUUAUAAAAUAUACUUUUUUCUUCGCGCUGUAGGAGCAAUGAGAGGGUGCGAAAAGAAUGGCUUUGAUACCGUAUUUACUUGUAUGUAACGCGAGUUUUUUUUUUCCAGAUCCUUGCCACCUAAAUUCGACCUUCACGUUACAAUCGAAUACCAAAAAUACUGUUUUUUUCUUCCUGAACACAGUGAAAUGUCACCCCUUGCGUUACAAUCGCGGUCGCAUUACAUUCGAGCAAAUACGGUAGUUUUCUAGCUCUGGAACAGUAUUUUUUGGGGUUUGCUGUUUUACCUUCUCCACAAACAUGUCCUAUAUACUUUUCACGUGAGUAAUACAGGAUCCCUGCUGUUAUCCACAUCACAUGUUGAUAUCUAAUCUGGGCACUUGUCUGAAUUACUAUCAUGCCUGUUAAGCUGCAGUGAAAAAAAAAAGUGUUAUCGCCAGUCUUUCGGCAGUACACAAGCAAUUUUCUUUUCAAGUGCGGGCAUUCGAUCUCUACGUGCGAGACGUAUCGACUGGCCUCUAUUCUUUCCUCACAAUGGCAAUCUGCUACUGGACAAGUUGCAAAUGUCAAUGUUUUGUUAGCAUCGUGUAUGAUUAUACAAGCUGCAUUUUGAGACUGCCAACUGUGAUUCCCCAAGAACGGCCCUGACCUCCUUCGUCUACAGCGAGAGCGACGCUUGCCUCAAGCCGGAAAAAAAAAUUGAUUGUGGAAUCUUUUUUGAAAUAAAAGCUCGGCACCCAGUGCCAGAAAAUGCCAA